AUGAAGCAGCGUAACUGUACCGUGAUGACUCCGAAUGAAUUUCGAGGUUUGAUUCGUUCGGGAGAGUUUCGAAACAACACGUCUGGUUAUUGUGAAGGAUAUAUUCAAGCAAAUCUGGUGAUUCUUCCCCAAAAAUUUGCAGAUGAAUUUGAACAAUUUUGUAAGCUAAAUCAUGCACCAUGUCCUAUUCUUGAAAAAUUGCCACCUGGAGAAAUUAAACCAAAAUUACUAGUUCAUGAGGAAAAUGAGUGUGACAUUCGGAAAGAUAUUCCAAAAUAUAGAGUUUAUAAGAACGGAGUCUUAUUUGAGGAAACGAGUGACAUUAGCUCGUAUUGGAGAGAUGAUUUGGUCACUUUUUUGAUUGGAUGUAGUUUUUCAUUUGAAAAAGCGUUGCAACAGAAUGGUAUUGAAGUACGAAAUAUCACAGAACACAAAAAUGUGUCCAUGUAUAACACCAAUAUUAUUUGCAAAACGAGCAAUGAAUUUAAAUAUCUCAAUAGAAAACCAAUUCCAAUGGUCGUUUCCAUGAGACCCAUUCCAAAAGAUAAGGUGGAUUUGGCAGUGAAAAUUACAGAACAGUUCACAACCACCCAUGGAGGUCCAGUUCAUUGUGGUGACCCCAAAGAAAUUGGUAUUUCAGAUUUGAAUCGAGUAGAUUAUGGAGAAAGUGUCACUGUUCACGAAGGAGAAAUUCCCUGCUUUUGGGCCUGUAAGUUGUACUAA